AUUUAAUUCAUGUGCAAUAUCCCAAGUGCCUUAGGCACUGUUUGAGUUGAUACAGCCAUGAGGAGCAGAUAUUGUGCGCACUAUUUUCCUUCUUUUUACCAGAUUAUCUGGUCAGUAAUCGUCUUGCUGAGGUUAUCUGGAUUAACCCACAGUGGGAAUGUAUUGGUUCUUCCUGGCGAAUACAGUCACUGGCUUAACAUGCGCAAUAUCGUCGAAGAGCUCGUGGACCGGAACCACAGCGUGACCGUUCUCACACACUCUGCCUCACCCACGGUGAAACAUGGACUAAACGAGCGCUUCGACUUUAUGUCUUUUGAAAUCGAUAUGGAGCAACAGGAAGCAUACAACAUGUGGGAGAAUUUUAUCACCGCGUGGAUGCAUGAGAGCCCGACAACUUUCAAGAAGCUGAGCUUGGUUUGGAACUUGAUGACCGGGAUGUCUCAUUACAUACAGGUUGUGUGCGAGGGAAUGUUUUCGAACAGAGAUUUCAUGGCUUCACUGAAGGAGUCGCAUUUCGAUGUACUUCUGUAUGACCCCAUGAUGCCGUGCGCUGACCGGUUGGCGGACUUUCUCGAUCUGCCCAGUGUGAUGUCUCUCCGGGUCACUUUUGCGAAUAAUCUUGAGCGACUCUGUGGGCAGAUGCCCGCUCCACCAUCGUAUGUACCGGUGGCUGCUGCGCAGGGGCAUCUGACUGAUCGCAUGGACUUUAUGGAGCGUUUAGAGAAUGUGAUACUAUACAUAGUACACACAGCAAUGGUCAAACUUCAACAAGUGUUCAUAUAUGAUCAUCUUUAUACUGAAAUAACUGGCAAACCGACAUCAUUAUGUGACUCUACUGGUAAAGCUGACAUCUGGUUAAUCCGAACUUAUUGGGAUUUUGAAUAUCCACGGCCACUCCUGCCAAAUUUCAAAUUUGUUGGUGGAUUACACUGCAAGCCUGCAAAACCUCUACCAAAAGAGAUGGAGGAUUUUGUUCAGAGUUCGGGAGACAACGGUAUUGUAGUGUUUUCACUGGGAUCCAUGAUAAAAAGCCUCACCAAAGAGAGAGCGAACACCAUCGCUUCAGCACUCAGCAGGAUUCCCCAAAAGGUUUUAUGGCGAUAUGCAGGCGAGAAACCAGAAACUCUUGCUCCUAAUACAAGAAUCUAUGACUGGAUUCCUCAAAAUGAUUUACUAGGACAUCCUAAAACCAAGGCCUUCGUGACCCAUGGUGGGACGAAUGGAAUCUAUGAAGCUAUUUAUCAUGGAGUUCCAAUGGUGGGCCUGCCGCUGUUUGAUGAUCAGCCUGACAACAUAAAUCACAUGAAAACCAAAGGAGCUGCUGUUAUGCUUGACUUCAUCAAAAUGGAGAGCAAGGACUUGACACGGGCUCUCAAUGACGUCAUUAACAAUGCAUCAUAUAAAGAGAACAUGAUGAGGCUGUCCAGAAUCCACCACGAUCAACCGAUGAAGCCGCUAGACCAGGCCGCGUACUGGAUCGAGUUUGUGAUGCGCCAUAAGGGGGCCAAGCACCUGAGGGUUGAAGCUCAUAACCUCACGUGGUAUCAGUACCACUGCUUGGAUGUAGCAGCCUUCUUACUCUCCAUAACUGCACUGAUUGUGUUUAUCUUUGUGAAAACAUGCAGUUGGUUAGUCCGUAAAUGUUGCAUAAAGACCCGAACAAAGAGCAAGAAAGAGUGAAUAUGAAUUACUAUAUAAUAUAUAAUAAUUAUUGUUAUAUAUAAAUUCCUCCUAGGAAUAAAAUGCUCUGUGUUAAGUGUACAUGGACAAUAUUAUGUUUUAUAUUACUUAAGAACAAAGCAAUUAAACAUACA